UGGCAAUACGAUUUAAAUAAACAUUUUUGACGUAAUUGUCACCAUUAACAUUGCCCGUUAUUAAUUUUAAUUAAACUUAACAAUUAUUGAUAAUUUAAAAUAUUAAAAUUACUUAAAAAUAUGAUUUUGUUAAGAAAAUAUUUUAUUUUUUGAUUUUUUUUAUUACUAUAAUUGCAAAAUUUUAUCACAAAGUAUUAAAAAUACCUAAACGGGAAAUGUUAAUGGUGACAAUUACGUAAUGUUCAUCUUCUACGGGAGGAAGGAAGGAAGGAAGGAAGGCAAUCUAUAAUUCAGGCUUUAUGUUCUGUGGUUUAACCAUUUCCCUCAACGGUUUAACGCAAAGAUUAAAGACUUAACGAACAAAAUGUCGAAUCAAAUAAUACAGGUAGUUAAAAAUAUAAAUCCAAUUUAAAAAAUAAUAAAUACCUUUUUUUUUCUUUAAUUUUAUAGAAUGUAGUGAAUGUAAUAUUCAGCAGCGAUUCUGAAAAUACUAGUUUAAUCGUAUCGUAUCAUCGUAAUCGUAAAUUACUAUUUACAUAGUCAUACCUACAAUUGUAGGUAUUCUAGUCGCCGAAUGAAUCGUUCAAUUUGAAAUCCGAAUGAAAAUAUGCGAUUAAUAAUCGCGGAUUACUUAAUUCGAAAAUAAACGGCGAUUAUAAAUCGCAUACUUUCAUUCGAAUUAUCAAUUCGAUUAAAUUAUUCCGAUAUUGAAAUCCGAAUGAAAGUAUGCGAUUUAUAAUCGCCGAUUAUUUAAUCGAAUUAUCAUCCGAUUAUUGAAAUAAUCGUAUCGGAUAUAAUCGGUUAUUGAUAUAAUCCGAUUAUGCCCAUCACUAAUAUUGUUUUAAUUUUCUUCUGUUUUGUUUGAUAGAAAGUGUACAACCUCACUUUUUGGCGUGCAUCUAUCCCCACCACCAAGUAAUCAAAAUUUCUCAUUUGUAAGUGUGCUCCGGAGGUUGUGCUUGAUCGGUAAGGGGGGAGGUAAAAUUCUCACUUUGGCUUACCUGUCAUUUUGCAAAUGGAACGGUCUCUAAAGUGAGAUAAACCAAGGUGAGAUCGUUGAUUGGAGUUUGGCACACAUUUCUUGCAAAAUAGGCUAAUCUACGACAGUUCCCUAUUUUUCGUUGUAUUAACAUUGUAAAAGUAAGUAAACAUACGUUUAAUUUGUUGUUUGAAAAUUUAAAAAGGCUUUCUACUGUUUUUUACAGCUUUCCCAAGUUUUUUUGCACAAUGGAGCAAAUAGGCGUUAAAAAAGAACUAGUGGACGAUUACAAAGGAGAUAUUUCAGUGAAUUAUAAUAAACCAAGUACUGCUGCUGACCAGGAAAUGCCUUCAACUUCUGGGAUAGCAAUAAAACAAGAACUUGCACAAGAAUUGGAUGAAGUGGAUUUUGAUGGAGCUGAGCAAGUCAAACUAAAAUUUGAAGCUGAAGAUGAAAUGUUUCUUGAUAAAGGUUUUUACUACAGAAUGGAUCAGACCAGUUCCUGUCCCAAGGAAGCUUCUUCACAAUACAUAUCAUAUUCUGCAAAACCUAUUGAAGAUAAAAAAACACAGGACUUAAGAAAAUUAUUAUCUGAAUGGAACCAAGAAUUUCUUGUGGAGCACCUAGUUGCACAAAAGGUUUUCGUUGAUGUGUUAAUGGUUAUCAAACAUCACCACAUUGAACGUCUUUUAAAAAAUUUUAAGAUGGGGACCCAAAUUCUGUUUGAGCACAAAUUGGAAGAAUGGAGGCAGUCCAUUGGAAUGCCAAUAGGUCACUAUUAUAGUGGUGAUGUGUUAUCAAAACCAUUAUCUUCAUCUCCAUUGUCUCCACCAGCAUCUUCGUGUGCUUCGAGGGCUUCGACUCCACCGCGCCAUGAACCGCGCUUCGCACCGUAUUCCAUCCCUAAUAAGCAGCCGGACAAUUGCGACAUAUUUUUAUUCAAUAUACUAAGCGAAACUCCCAAAGGUGCCAUGCUUGUGGAGUAUUACAAUAAAUUCCUAAAGUUUCAAGACGAUCAGCGGACCUCGUUGAUAAACUUGGUGGCCCAAUUCUUCGAAGAUAAAGGCGUUCCAAUCACCUUGGCGAUCAGCUAUAGACUGGAAAAGGAAAUUCUGGACAGAUUUCCAAAUGAAAAAUUGGAGUACUAUCGUUCCAGCAAGAGAGGAAGAAUUUAUAACAAAUAUUGCAAUUUAAAAACUUCUUUUAAGGCCGCCGUCGGUAAACAUUUUGUCGAUGAAACAUCAAAAAAAAAGUCUACCAAGAAGUGUAGAAUUGAAAAAACAUUUGGUAAUUCGUUUUUUGUGGAUAUGGGUGAAUAUAUUGAGAUGUCCCCCAAGUGAAAAUGAUUAUUUUUUAUUUUUGGUUGUUUCACUGUUAGUCU